CGCUUCGACCAGUCAUCGAGCGUCACUAGUGGAUUUGACCAUUGUGCAUGCUCCUUGGCUGUUCGACGUUGCUAUCUCUCUUCCGACGCCCUCGCUCUCUCUGCAGACUAAAUAGAACAAUGCCUUCAUCGUCUGCUGCUUCGCUAGCGCAGACGCUGCAGAAUAAGGAGGCACCGGCGGGCCACAAAAUCAUUCGUGAGGGCAAUGGAGUUAUGAUCUUCCCAGAGCAGAACCAGGUCUUCUACAACCCCGUGCAGGUACUCAACCGCGACCUAAGUAUCGCCAUGAUCUCCGAGUUUGCUCGGACCCGUGCGCGUGAGCAGCUGACCAAGGAGGCGCGCAAAGCAGCGAACGCAGCAGGUGAAGGUGCCACUUUCGUACCCAAGGAGUACACGGAUGAAGAGAUCGAGAAGCACCUGACCGAUACGGCCGAGGAAAAGGGCAUUCGCAUCUUUGAAGCGCUCUCGGCCUCUGGUCUGCGCUCUAUUCGCUACUUCCAACAGAUUCCUGGUGUCAAGUCCAUCCUGGUGAACGACAUGGACCCUGCAGCAGUGGAAACCAUCAAGCGCAACGUUGCGUUCAAUGAGCUACCACUGGAUCGAGUCAUCCCCAAUGAAGCUGACGCCACCGAUGUCAUGUACAACCACAGAAAGCCGGCGGACCAAUUCGAUGUCAUUGAUUUGGACCCGUACGGAUCCGCCUCGAUCUUCUUGGACAGCGCUGUCCAGAGCGUCGCCAACGGUGGACUGCUCUGUGUGACGUGCACGGACAUGCCCGUUCUGUCGGGUAAGCAGCCUGAGGUCUGCUUCUCUCGUUAUGGAGCGCUACCCAACAAGUCGCACUACUUGCACGAGAUGGCGCUGCGUAUGGUACUGCAGACAAUCGAGUCGUCAGCCAACCGCUACGCGCGCCACAUUGUGCCGAUUGCGUCGUGCAGCAUUGAUUUCUACGUGCGUGUGUUCGUCCGUGUGUACAAGUCGCCGGUGAAUGUCAAGAAGGCGAUGACCAAGCUCUCGUACGUCUACCAGUGCGUCCAGUGCGAGAGUUUCCACCUGCAGCCACUCGGAGUGUCGAGCGGGAACACCUAUCACGCCUCUCGUGGCCCGAUCGUCGGUCAGGAGUGUGAUCAGUGCAAGGGUAAGUACAAGAUGGCGGGGCCGAUCUGGUCGGCUCCUCUCCACAGCCGUGACGUCGUGCUGAAGAUCCGCGACCGCGUUGAGAAGAGCACGUCGGAGUUCCCUACAAAGCCUCGCCUGCACGGACUACUGACUACGAUCUCCGAAGAACUUGUGGACGCUCCACUGCACUACACUCUUCCGGGCUUGAGCAAGGUCCUGCACUGCUCCAAUCCCCGUAUGUCACAGAUUCAGGGCGCCAUUCGCCACGCUGGUUACGAAGUCUCGCAGUUUCACAAAAUUCCUGAAGCUAUCAAGACCACCGCGCCGAACGACGUUAUCUGGGACAUUAUGCGCUGCUGGGUGAAGAAACAUCCGCUGAACAAGAAGCGUGACGGUGAGGAGACUCCGGGCAGUCGCAUUCUAGCUAAGGAGCCUAAGUUCGAGGCGAACUUCUCGUCCAAGCGACCGGGACCGAAUGACAAGCCCAAGGCGCUGCGUUUUCCUCUGAACCCUGAACCGAAUUGGGGACCGAAGGCUCGUGCUGUCGGAAACCGGAAUGACAACGUUACUCCUGCUUCGAAGAGCGAGGAUAAGGUAGAGGAGCCGGAGGUGAAGAAAGCGAAAACGGAGUAAGUGAAGCGAACGCAAAUUAGACAAGCUCUUCUCCAUAUUUUCCUGCGUAAUAGAUUGCUUGGGGUCGACGUGCAUAAGCCUGGAUACAAGUUGCCGGAAAGUUACUGGGAUGUAUCACUGUGCCAGACUUUGACCUUGAGCUCAUGGUAAGUUA